AAGCGGCGGUCGGGGCUGUUGCGCGCUUCCCGGUUUAGUGUUUCUUGCUACCUGCGCGGCCGAGGAGCGUAUCUGAGAUACAUAUGGAAUAAUAGUUCAAGGAGACCUACAAUGGAAAAGUCAUGGAUGUUGUGGACCUUUGUUGAAAGAUGGCUAUUAGCCUUAGCUUCAUGGUCUUGGGCUCUCUGCCGUAUUUCUCUUUUACCUUUAAUAGUGACUUUCCAUCUGUAUGGAGGCAUCACCUUACUUGUGUUAAUAUUUGUAUCAAUAGCAGGUAUUCUAUAUAAAUUCCAGGAUGUAUUGCUUUAUUUUCCAGAACAGCCAUCAUCAUCCCGCCUUUAUGUCCCUAUGCCCACUGGCAUUCCACAUGAAAACAUUUUCAUCAGAACCAAAGAUGGAGUGCUUCUCAACCUUAUUUUGCUGAGAUACACUGGAGAUGAUUCAACGUAUUCCCCGACUAUCAUUUAUUUUCAUGGAAAUGCAGGCAAUAUUGGUCACAGGUUACCAAAUGCUUUGCUUAUGCUGGUUAACCUGAAAGUUAACCUUUUACUUGUUGAUUAUAGAGGUUAUGGAAAAAGCGAAGGUGAAGCAAGUGAAGAAGGACUCUACCUAGAUUCAGAAGCUGUGCUGGACUAUUUGAUGACCAGACCUGACCUUGAUAAAACAAAAAUUUUUCUUUUUGGCCGUUCCUUGGGGGGAGCAGUGGCUAUUCACUUAGCUUCUGAAAAUUCCCAUAGGAUUUCAGCCAUCAUGGUAGAGAACACAUUUCUGAGCAUACCACAUAUGGCCACUACUUUAUUUUCUUUCUUUCCAAUGCGAUAUCUUCCUUUGUGGUGCUACAAAAAUAAAUUCUUGUCCUACAGAAAAAUCUCUCAGUGCAGAAUGCCUUCUCUAUUCAUCUCUGGGCUCUCAGACCAGUUAAUUCCACCAGUAAUGAUGAAACAGCUUUAUGAACUUUCCCCGUCUCGGACUAAGAGAUUAGCAAUUUUUCCUGAUGGAACUCAUAAUGACACAUGGCAGUGCCAGGGUUAUUUCACUGCACUUGAACAGUUCAUCAAAGAAGUUAUAAAAAGUCACUCCCCUGAAGAAAUGGCAAAGACUUCAUCUAAUGUCAUGAAUGGAGACUACUAAUAAGGAUUCUACGACUCCCUCGUUAUUUUUGGCAUCAUUUAUGAAAUUUUGAAAAAAAUGCAAAUAAUGCUUUCAGAUUAUCCAGUUAAAUUGAGCUAUCUUCCUUCAUAUCACUCAGGUAAAGUUACAAAAUGACAUAGCACAAACAUCUAUUUAUAAAUCUCCCAGUUAAAAGGGUAGUCAGUGAAAUGCACUUCUGUUUGUUUAUAUAUAAUAUAUGCACAUCAGCAUCUCUUGGCUAAUCAAAAGUGUCAUACAUUCAUUCAUAUGAAGAAAUUAAUUCAAACUGUCAUCUUACCCAUGAAUCAAUCCAUCUUGGCCAAGUGACACAAAUAUACCUCCAUUUAUAUUUCAUAUUUUUAGAACUAUAUAUACUUUAAAAUAGGACUGUGUACAAGAGACACUUUACAACAGUGCCAUAUAUAAAUAACACAUUUAAUAAGGAAGAGUGGUAUCUGGUGUUGAAAAUGAUUUAUAAUGCUAGCAGAAUUCCCGUCAGUACAGUGUAUACUGAAAAUUCUCUACGUAAAGUAAAUUCAGGAUGUAAAAAAAUGGUAUUCUGAAUUCAUAAUGUAAGUCAUAUAUUUUUUCAUUUCCUUGCCAUUCUUAUUUGAAAUAGUGGUGUAAUGCAUUUUAUAAAUUAAAUUUAAACAUUGCAGUAUAUUUAUGUGCUAACCAUGGCAGUCUUAAACAUUUACAUUUUGAUUUUUUACAAUA